AUGUUUAAAGGAAGAUUGCUAGAUAUUAAUGCUGAGAUUCAGCAACCUCAUUCGCCUAUAUUUCACUCAAGCACAUUUCACGCAUCAACAUCUAGGCAAAAUACGACAAUACCAGCUGAAGCACGAUUGCCCAAAAUUGAUAUACCGAACUUUUCUGGAGACUACCUGUCUUGGAUCUCAUAUAGAGAUAUGUUCGUAUCAUUAGUACAUAGUAAUGUGUCACUAUCAAAGAUACAGAAAUAUUAUUUCCUUAAGGGUUCUUGCUCUGGUACUCCACUAGACAUUGUUAAUGAAUAUCCAGCUUCUGAGGAAAAUUACGACUUAGCAUGGGAUGCUCUUAAUAUGCGUUAUCACAAUCGUAGGAAAAUUGUUAGCACUCUAUUAUCUAAACUGUUCUCAAUUCCGAAUUCCAAUGGUACUGCCGAAAGUAUACAGAAUAUUUAG